UCCACUCUAUCGGCGUGUGUUUGUGGGGACGGGUAGUUGGAGUAGGAGUCGCCGGGCGGCCGUGCAUCUCAAACGAUUUGUGGGAAAGAAACGCCAAUGAAAAUUGCACCACAGGCUGAAGAAACGACCCCCACUGACGACUUCUGUGAAAUUUUUCAACGUGACGACUGCGCCACACGCACAACCAACAAACGCAACCAGGCUAUCAAAUGCUAGUCAGCUAGCAUCUCUGAAAACUGACGGGAUCAAGGUGUUUAUAGCUAGCCUCCCAGCUAAUUAUCCAUCAGCUAGCAUCCUCCUGCCGUAGCAUCAUUAGCUUCGUUUUCCUCCUCGCGCACGUCGAGACUUCCCCCAUUGCUCGUGGCGGUGCCUUUCAGCUGCCGACCAACAAUCCCACUUUCAGACAAAAGCGGACAACGGAGCCUCCUAACUAGCUGCUGCUGGAGACCUCGUCUGCGUUGCAUUAGUGUGCCCCAUCACACCCAUCAUCUCCCCAACCCUUCACCUCUGCCCCUCUCCCUCCACCCGAAACACUGGAAAUCCACAACCGGCCGGAGCGGCCGGAUAGCGGCGAAGGGCCAGCUAAGCUGGGGGUGGUCACGUUACCGGACUCCCCGGGAGUCCUACCGGCCACAGAGAAGCUCAGCUGUGGGGAACUACCGACCAGUAUGGACGGGCUGGCCGUGGAAGUUCGCGGCUCGAAUGGGGCCUUCUACAAGGGUUACAUCAAAGAUGUCCACGAAGACUCGCUCACAAUUGUUUUUGAAAACAACUGGCAGCCAGAGAGACAGUUGCCCUUCAGCGACGUGCGGUUGCCUCCUCCAGCCGAAUACCACAAGGAGAUUGGUGAAGGAGAGGAGGUGGAGGUUUACUCGAGGGCCAACGAACAGGAGCCAUGUGGCUGGUGGUUGGCCCGAGUCCGUAUGAUGAAGGGAGAGUUCUAUGUGAUAGAAUACGCCGCAUGCGACGCCACAUACAACGAGAUUGUCACAGCGGAGCGCAUCAGGCCCCUCAACCCCAACAGUCCUUCCUCUCGAACCUCCUUCCACAAGGUCCCCAUCCCGAUCCCAGAAGACCUGAGGGACAUCUGUGAAAAUGACAACAUUCACAAAGAAUUCAGGAAAGCAAUCGGAGCCAACUGCAUCUUCUACAGUGCCCAAACACACGAACUCAUUGUGCUGUCUACAAAUGAAACCACAGUAAAGCGUGCGUCUCUUCUGAGCGACAUGCAUUUCCGCAGCAUCCGUACCAAGCUUAUGUUAAUGUCCCGCAACGAAGAAGCCACCAAACAUUUGGAGACCAGUAAGCAGUUAGCAUCAGCGUACCAGGAGGAGGUGAAGGUCAGGGAGGACCUGAUGGGCCUCGCCAUCGGCUCCCAUGGUGCCAACAUCCAGCAGGCAAGGAAAGUUGCCGGUGUCACAGCGAUCGAGUUGGAGGAGGAAAGCUGCACGUUCAGGAUCUACGGAGAGAGCCCAGAGGCAGUAAAGCAGGCUAGAGAGUUUCUAGAAUUCAAAGAAGACUACUUUCAGGUACCCAGGAACCUUGUAGGCAAAGUCAUCGGCAAGAGCGGCAAAGUCAUUCAGGAGAUCGUGGACAAGUCGGGCGUGGUCCGUGUGCGGAUUGAGGGAGACAACGACAAAAAGCUUCCCCGGGAGGAGGGAGGCAGGCAGGCGGCAAGCAGGGACGACACUGCCGGCAACAAAGAGGGCCUGGUUCCCUUCGUGUUUGUGGGAACUAAAGAGAACAUCAGCAAUGCUCAGGCUCUGUUGGAGUACCAUGUGUCCUACCUCCAGGAAGUGGAGCAGCUGCGCCUAGAGCGUCUCCAGAUUGACGAGCAGCUCCGUCAGAUCGGGGUUGGGUACCGCGCACCUGCUAAUCGGACCGGGGGCCCCGGUGUCGAACGGGAGAAAGGCUACUUGACAGAUGAGAGCAGCAACUCACUCCACAACUCUCGUACCUACGGGGGCCGCGGCAGAGGGCGUAGGGCCUCCAACACCCAGUACUCUGGAUAUGGCACAAACUCUGAACUGUCCAAUGCUUCUGAGUCGGAGGAGGUUAGCGAGCGAGAGCAGCGGCCCCGCGGCAUUGGCGGAGAUGAGAGAGGCUCCCGACGGGGCGGCAGGGGCCGAGGCUCUAACUCAGGACGAGGCCGCGGAGGGCCGGGGUCCAAGCCUUCCAACUCCAUCAGCUCAGUGCUGAGGGAUCCAGACAGUAACCCAUACUCCCUGCUGGAGGGUGAGGGAGAGCUCGCUGACGCAGACACCAGUGACGGCGUGGGAGACCGCCGCAGACGCUCCCGACGCCGCCGCAACGACCAGGAGCCCAGCGUGAUGGACGCUGCCACGGAGUCGGACAGCCAGGCUGGCCCCAGCGAGAACGGACUGGAUGAUGAGGCGCGACCUCAACGCCGCAACAGAAGCCGCCGCCGUCGUAAUCGUGGCAACCGCCCAGAGGGAGGUUCAGCCAGCCGUGACAGACAGCCCGGUGAAAGUGUGACUGUUGCUGACUACAUAUCCCGUGCUGAGUCCCAGAGCAGACAGAACCUGCCACAGAAGGAAAACCACGCUGGCCCCGAGCCCAAGGAGAACGGGACCAGCACCACUAAGGAUGAGCAAACGCCCUCCAAGGGUUCCCCCAGCAAAGGCAUGACCUCGGCCAGCGAGACCCUGACCUUGGUCAACGGGGUCUCGUAAAGAGACGGCUCUGCUCCUCGCGAACCCAAGUCUAGAGCAAGACUCCAUGGCAAACUCUGUCCCUGCUUGCAUUAACUUAAACCUUAAACAGAUGAGUGAAAAGUACCUGACAAAAUACCUGAAUUCAUACUAUGAGAGUGAAAAAGUACAAAAAAACGACAAACGCAUCUACUUAAAAACACACGUUACCGGUGUAUGCUAUCCUAUCUAUCAGUACUUAGUGCUUAUUUAAAAAAAAAACAAAAAAAAAAAACCUAGCUUGCCAAAAAAGAGCUGGUGGAUAUGACUUGAUUUUUAAAAAUACUGAAAUACGAGAAACAGGACGAGACUUUUUUUUUUUUCUUUGUUUUUGAAACGGUUGUCUUUAUUUGUGUAUUUUCGUUAUGUUAAUUUCGUUCAUUGUUUAUCACUGGUUUGGACUUGGCGGUCGCUCUCUCAACCAAAACAGACGCGUCUCUUAACAGUGUUAAAGUGCAGACUAGAGAGAUGUAAGCUGCAGGGAGCGGCGUACAAGCAGUCCAAUAGCUUAUGUGACACGAUGUCCGCACACUGAACCUGGGUGGAGACAGACAGACUGGGAUAUGGAUAGACAUUGUGCCUUGAAUUUGAAAAAAAAAAAAAAAAUAAUAAAAAAAACUUGAGUUUUUCCAGUUAAGUUUGUUUUUGUUUCCCAAGAGGAAGAAAAAGAGCGAGGUAUUCUAUCAGGUUUUUUUUGGGAUGGGGUGGGGGGGUUGAGAAAAGAACAGAUGUGUGAGGGAGUGAGGAGUAAAAGGAGUGAAUAGAGGAUACAGAAGAGGAGAGAGUGGCUAGCCAACGCGAGGCAAAAAGAAGUCUGGUGCCAAACACGAAAUUCAAGGCGCUUGUCCUCAUUCCGUGUAGAAUGGACAGCGUAGGGGUCAGUGCGUGCGUGCACGUACAUACGUGUAUGUGUUUGUGUGUGCACAGUUGAGAUAUUUGGCAACCACAGAACAAAACUGGGAGGGGAGAGGUAACAAAACGUAAGGCAGCCCUGGGCGGGUCGCACGGUGAGGCGUCUCUACUUAUCGACAGGCCUGAGGGGUGUCUUCCUCCUCCUACCUGUUUGAGGUCUUUUGAGGGUCCAGGGUGGCUCCCAUACAGCCUUGUAAAACAGGACAGGCGGAGACCAGACCGACGGCAGACUUGAACUAUAGAUUUAGACUUAAAGAGAACUAUACCGUGCCUCUUUCUCAGUGUCGGAGGGGGCGGCGGUGCUAGCUUCCAGCCACACUAGUGUCUUGAUAAACCACUGCAGCGCACGGCUCCGGACGCACACGAGGGCGACCACCUUUCUGGGACGGGGCGCUGCUAGUUGGGGGGGAUGGGCCUGGACACUGCGGACUGUGGGGGAAUUGGGACAGCUUCAAAUGACAUGAGAGCCACGAGACACAGGUCCACACUCGCAGGACACAUACAUACACACCAGGUGCGUGUAGGUUGACGUGGUCGCCCGCAUGGCGCAAAGUAGAGGUCGGCAACAGGAGAACCGGGCGAAACGAGCGAGGUGUCGGUCUUGUACCCGGGCGGAUUGGGUUGUCAAAUGGGAGUACGAGAGGAAGUCGAAACCCUCAGUGGCUCUCUGCUCAUGUUGUUACUGUUGUCUUGGUUACCGCUCAAGUUUUUUUUUUGUUGCUAUUUCCACAUCUUAGAAAAAAAAAAAACAUGAAAUAAAAAAUUGAAGUGAAAUCAACCUAUUCUCUGGAGACGAACUUUGAUUUCUAUGUCUUGUGAGUUUGCAGUCUAUUUUUCUAACGUGCAUGGCCUUUAGUUAACGAGUAGUAGGUGGUGCCUGUCCUGUGCAUGAGGAAAAGGUGUUUAUUAAUCUGACUUACAAAGCCAUCGUUUCAUUCACUAGAAUUGCUGCUAAUGUACACAUUGAAUGUCCAACUAACGUAGAAACUCUACCUUGAAGAGAAACUAUUUGUGACUUCAAAAACAUUUCGCCCCCCCUCUCCCUCUCAUCUGCCCAGAACGCCCAUGUUUUUAUCGAUGGAUACGAGUCACAAGUUGUCGGGAGUCUCACAAAGUAUUACAUUUUACGAGGGCAACGUUGUGCAUGACACGCAAGCGUCCACAUGACCAAAGGUUUUGGAGAGACAGAUGAAUGGGAGUGUGGUUGAGAUGACCCAGAUGCUGCUGUCAUACAUUUCUGCUCGCCUGUAUGUUGUGUUUUUAUUAAAGAAUGAACGAGUACUUGAGUAUUUGUACCUUGGUUCAGUCGCAUGUGUGUGAGUGGAGGACCGAAGCCCCUAUCUGGUGUGUGUGUUUACCUUUAUACCUCAUUGUGUGAGUACUGUAUAUCCUUGUGUAUCUGUACCCCUUGCGUCCUGUUGAAAGACUGGUGUGUGUGUGUGUGUGUGUGUGUGUGUGUGUGUGUGUGUGUGUGUGCGUGUGCGCGCGCGCGUGGACGGAUGCUGGUUGUACAGUCGACUCCUCACUCUUGUCAGAUUUUGUCUCUGGUUUUCUCACUCAUGUUCUGAUGGCAAUAAAGGACUUUUCAUUGUUUGGUA